ACCGGUUUGAUGAUCGCAACCGCACACAUUUGAAACAUCCUAUGCAGCUAUCAGUUUAGAACAGGCGCUCUGCAGAUUGGCACUUCACAUGGAUGCUAUUAUGUAAUCAUCUGGAUCUAGCAUUAGUCGAUCCCGACAAUAUACAGAUCAGUCGACCUGAAAUAGCAACCACGAUUCCUCUUCUUGUUCUUGUGCUGGAAAAGAGCGGAUAUUUGAAUCAUCUUGCCAAAAUGGAAAACGGAGAUAUCAGUGCAAAGCAGCGGACUGUGGUUCAAGCAAAGACCUGGGUUCUUCGGCGGCACUUUGAGGGCUUCCCUAAGGACAGUGAUUUUGAGUUGAGAGUGGAGCAGCUCCCCGAACCCAAAGAUGGAGAGGUCCUCCUUGAGGCAGUUUUCCUCAGCGUUGACCCUUACAUGAGACCAUACAGUCGGGUGCGCAUGAAAGAGGGCGAUGUGAUGAUCGGGACUCAAGUUGCCAAGGUGAUCCAGAGUAACAACUCCAGCUACCCAGUUGGAUCCUAUGUGGUUGCCAGAAGUGGCUGGAGGACUCACACAGUCUGUGACGGGGCGGAGCUGACACGGCUACUGUCAGACUGGCCAAAGGACUGCCCCAUGUCCCUGGCUCUAGGAUCCAUCGGCAUGCCUGGGUUGACCGCUCUGUAUGGAUUAGAGGAGGUGUGUCAGAUUAAACCCGGAGAAACCCUUCUGGUGAACGCUGCUGCAGGAGCCGUGGGGUCUGUGGUUGGGCAGAUCGCUAAAAUCAAGGGGUGUAAAGUAGUGGGCUGUGCUGGAAGUGAUGCCAAGGUGGCUUACCUGAAAGAGCUCGGGUUUGAUCACACAUUUAACUACAAGACCACAGCUUCAGUGGAAGACACUCUGAAAACCGCCGCCCCAGAUGGAUACGACUGCUACUUUGAGAAUGUUGGAGGACCUUUCUCUAGUGUGGCCAUACCUCAGAUGAAGGAGUUUGGCCGGAUUGCUGUCUGUGGGGGCAUUUCCCUGUACAAUGACACCACUCCCCAGACCGGUCCUUAUGUACACCUCCACAUGAUCUUCAAGCAGCUGAAAAUGGAAGGAUUUCUCGUCAGAAGAUGGGAACACAAGAACGAGGAAUCUCUGCGGAGGCUGGUGGCAUGGGUGAAAGAGGGGAAGCUGAAGUGUAAGGAGCACGUCACUACAGGCUUUGAGAACAUGCCAGCGGCCUUCAUGGGGAUGCUGCAGGGAGAGAACACGGGGAAAGCCAUUGUGAAAGUGUGAGACAUUAUUCUGGAAUCGUCCAAGCAUUCUUCUGUCUGGAAGCCAUCCAUGCACAUGUUCUUCACCUGAGCUCCC